CCGCGCAGGCGCCGUCGCGAGGAGUCCGUCUGCUGUAGGCCGUUGUCACAGAGGGAGGGUUGGGGUGGGAGCCGGUUUCGCAGCUCCCUUUUCCGAGCGAUUGGCCUCCGGACGCGGAUAUGCAAAUCACAGCCGCAGGGCUGAUCCAUGUAAAAUGAAUCCAGCAGCUGUGGAUUCCAGAAUAUUGGCCCUGGCUGCUCAGAUCACUGAAAGCUCUGAUCAGGAUGUUCCUGUGUUGCUAUUGAAGUUAAAAGAAAUUUUAAAUAGCACAGCUUUGGGAAGUAAAGAAUCAAAGAAAAUUAAACAGGACCUCUACUAUUAUGACCUUGUUCAAUACUGUAUGUUGGUCCUUAAACAAGAUUACUCUCGACUGCAAGGGGGCUGGGCUAAUGCUGCCCAGCUAGCAGAGAUACUAAGUCAGUGUUGUGUGGGACUGGAGGUGAAAGAAAAUCCUGACGAAUUUUACAAUAAAUUACUUCCUUCAGCUGUAGAGAACCUCCUGUUUUUGGGAAGACGUCUGCAAGCACGGUUUGUCCGAGCAAUCAAGGAUGAAGAAAAAACUGAAUUUUUACGGUGUUUCCGGACAGUAACUGAUGCCAUCUGCUGGCUGUUUGGUGGGCAUAUUCAGCUAACAGAGUGUGUGCUGCAGAGUAAUCAUUUCCUGCAGUUGCUAAUAACCGAUGAUGUUGAAACUGCAACAGCAGUAAUGUCCGUGUUACAGAAUAUUUUGAGAGUCAACAGUUCUGUGUUACUGCAUGUGGAUGAAAAGAUCCUUCACUCUGUUUUAGAUGAACUUGUUUAUAAGCUUUCAUCUACCACCAAUCCUGUCACAGGAAAUGCAGCUACAAAACUGUUGCUGUCAGUGGCUGAAUCUCACCCUCAACUUGUGGAGUUACUCAGUAUCCGCUACAAAGGACUGAGAAUUUUGCUAAGUAAGCAGUGGACUGGCAAAGGAUUUGACAGAAAUCUCAAUCAACUUCUGGACCUUCUUUACUCCAAAUCUUACAGGAAAGGAGAAAUGCAGAGAUUGCAUCAAGCAGCUUCUUUAAUCCAGGCUGUGUGGAGGGGAUUUCAGACCCGGAAAAGAUUAAAGACGCUUCCUAAAGCGGUGACUGCCUUGCAAAGAAGUUUCAGAGCUAAGCGAGAACAGGCAUUGGAACAGUCAAAAAGGCAGAAAGACGACGAGAUUCUCCGACAACAAUUGCAGCUUCAGAGACAAAGGGCUAUGAGGCGUUUUCAUGAACAACAACUGACUUUACUGGAAAUAGUUCAUGCUGGCCAGGUGGAUAGGCACAUUCAGGAAACGGAGGGGAAGGCAGCAUUAACUAUUCAGAGACACUGGAGGGGAUAUAGGGCAAGGAGAAAUCUUCAUCAACAAAGACAAUCUUUUAAACAGCAUAAGGCAGCUGUCAUCAUUCAGAGAGCCGCUCACAAAUUCCUGAACAAAUGUCAAAGGAAACGGAAGGCUCUCUCUCCCUGGAAAGAACCCAAGGAACUCACCAGUACACAGAAUCUAGCAUUACAGCAAAAGGUGGAUGACUACAUCAGACUGCACCCGGCUUCCGAAAUGUCAGAAGACAUGAGUAAGGAACUACAUCUGCAGGCCCAGGAAAAUCUGGCUCAAUACCUGCUCAGGAGCAGUCUGGAUCACAGAGCAGAACAGCGCAGAGAGGCAUUACUAGCUCAGGUCAACACUGACGUGGAGCUGUUAAUGACUGCUCCAAGUCUCACAGAAGCCACAGAAAAAGAUCUUGAUGUCUUUAUGAGUCGAUCCGUCCCUGUGGCAUGCAAAGCCAGACAAUCUCACAAUACCAUGCUGAAAUAUGCUCGCUGGCCAUGGUGGAAGAAGCUUGGAGAUGAAUUCAUGGAUGAUACAAUUCCUGAUGAUGUUUUCAAUACUGAAUUUGGCACUCUCUUUAUUGGUGGAAGCAAAUCCUCUUAGUUAGCAGACAGAAGAGAUUGUAAUUCAGUGACCCAGACUCAAAUAUCAUACUGUGCAGUCAGGUUAAAUAUGUACUGUAUGGAAAGAACACAUUCCAGUCUUGUUGUAAAACAGUGCAUUAAGUAGGAUCAAAUUUUAGAAGGGUUUGUUAUUUGUAAUUUAAAAAACUUUAUAGGAAUCUCUCUUUACAGAAGAACCUGAUAUCUGUGUUUAAGGUAAAAUUAUAUCCAGUUUGAUACUAGAAUCAAAAUUCAAGUAUAGUAAUUGUAAAUAUGUGUUUAUGUAUUGGUUGUAUUUUUUAACUUUUUAAAAAUAAAUUAUGA